CCAGAGGCUUGCUGUGUGAAAGGGGGUCACCAGUACAAAAGUUUGAGAACCACUGAGCUUGGGGUAGUUCCAUUCUGCUUCCUUUAGUUUUCUUUGCUGAUUCAAUUCUGAGACUGGAUUCUCUUCCACUUCCUGUCCUACAUUUUCGUGCAGUAUCACUCUUAAGCACCUGCCAUGUCCUUCCCCAGAGGCAGCUGCAUUUUAGAGCUGGGAGGUGACUCACUCUCUGCAAAUCACUUUGGGAUGAGGCACAGUGGAGGCUAUGGGGAAGGUAGAGUUAUUAUUAUCUCUCAGCUGUGUCUCCUUGUCCUUCUGAGUCUGGAAACAAUUCCCAAAUUUCAUUUAGAAUGUUUCCUCCAAGGGAUUUAAGGGUUCUGAUGGAGACCUGAGGCUGAGCCAUAGCUUCUCUCACUCCCUCUAUAUUUAGCUUUUCUAUCCCUCCUUAACAGUGUUCCUCUGGCCUUUUGAUCCUCCUACCAGCUCUGUAAACCCCUCAUCUUGUGCAACUCCUUUCCAUGUAGCAGCUUCCCACAACUCUGGCCCCCAAUUCCAGAGUUUAAAAACAUAGUCAAGGAGAGAGAGAAAGAACUGAAUAGGCCAUGGGAGGAAAGGCAUAUUGGGUGAGGCUGGAAAUGGGAUGAAUAGUGGGUAAGGUGGAGGAUCCAAGGAGGCUGCUCCAAAUGUGGCAGGAGCUGCAGAGUAGCAGGAAGUUCUCAGCCCCACAUGGUGGAAAUGGGGGAGAGAGAAGUCGGUGAAGUCAACUAAAGCAAGCCUCUGGAGCGGUGUAGCACCCAAACAGCCAGGAUGCUGGAGGCUGGAUGCGAGGAAUCUGCAAUUGUCCGAGCCAGAGGAGAUGGAGAUGAGGAUUUCAGAAGAGGGGCCUGGAUUUCAGGAGCAGAGGCUGGAGGAGAUGAGCCAGAGAGAAACAUCCUGCAAGAUGGACUCAGGCUAUCCCGAGUGGAGGGCCCAUUGCUAGCCGAGCAAGAUGGGUGAAAUGGACCAGAUGAGGCAAGAGGCCGAGCAGUUGAAGAAGCAGAUUGCGGAUGCACGGAAAGCCUGUGCGGACACUACACUUGCUCAGAUUGUGUCCGGGGUGGAGGUAGUUGGACGCAUUCAGAUGCGUACGCGGAGGACCCUGCGUGGGCACCUGGCCAAGAUCUAUGCAAUGCACUGGUGCACGGACUCCAAACUCCUGGUCAGUGCCUCGCAAGAUGGAAAACUGAUCGUGUGGGACACUUACACAACCAAUAAGGUUCAUGCCAUCCCUCUCCGCUCGUCCUGGGUCAUGACCUGUGCCUACGCCCCCUCAGGGAAUUUUGUGGCCUGUGGGGGUCUCGACAACAUGUGCUCUAUCUAUAAUCUCAAGACUCGUGAAGGCAACGUCAAAGUGAGCAGGGAGCUCUCGGCCCACACAGGUUACCUCUCCUGCUGCCGAUUCCUGGAUGACAAUAAUAUCGUGACGAGCUCCGGAGACACCACAUGCGCGCUCUGGGAUAUUGAAACAGGACAGCAGAAGACUGUGUUUAUGGGUCAUACUGGAGACUGCAUGAGCCUGGCCGUCUCCCCAGACUUCAAACUCUUUAUCUCCGGGGCCUGCGAUGCCACUGCCAAGCUGUGGGACGUACGGGAGGGAACCUGCCGUCAGACAUUCACAGGGCAUGAAUCGGACAUCAAUGCCAUCUGUUUCUUCCCCAAUGGUGAGGCUAUCUGCACCGGUUCAGAUGAUGCCACCUGCCGCCUCUUUGACCUGCGGGCGGACCAGGAGCUCAUCGUCUAUUCCCACGAGAGCAUCAUCUGUGGAAUCACCUCAGUCGCCUUCUCCCGCAGCGGGCGUCUCAUGCUCGCUGGAUAUGAUGACUUCAACUGCAACAUCUGGGACUCCCUGAAGGGGGAGCGUGUAGGGAUCCUCUCCGGUCACGACAACAGGGUGAGCUGCCUGGGGGUGACAGCAGAUGGCAUGGCCGUGGCUACUGGCUCCUGGGACAGCUUCCUCAAGAUUUGGAACUGAAGAGGAUGAUGGGGAGAGGGAGAUUAUUGGGAGGAGGGUGUCCACACAAAACACAUUGUCAGUUGAGCACAAUUGAUAUUUCUACCUGUUAGUCACAGGCAUGUCUCUCUCUCUGAGUCUCUUUUGGGGGCUCCCUAGUCUGCAGGAGGGGUCUAGGGGAAAGGAGCCCUCCAUUAGCUGUUCCCCCCAACCCACUUCCUAAAUAUGCCAUAAGGCUUUCAGCCUGGGACAGACUGUAGGACCCAGAUAAGUGAGACUGUUUUGCAAGCUUUAGGACCUUGUACUGUACGCUCCGUGACACCCAUUCCUCCCCCAACUGACUCCACACCAUUUUAUCCCUACGUUGCCCCCCCACCCCAACCACCCACUAGAGAGACAACCACCAUUCCCUGAAAAAGACCCUACCUUGAGGCAGGGCCCCCCCCCACUACAUAACUACAACCAUUUCUCCAUACACACCUCCCCUAAUCCUCCCAAAGAGGAACCCCCCUCCUUGCACACAGGGAUAUAGAGAAGAGAUUUUAGCCAGCUAGGACUCUGCAUCGAGCUUUGCUAAGAGGGGCUAAUUUCUGUGGGCCUCCUCCCUCCCCCGCACCAGUUAGCUGUUUUAUCUAUGCAUCAAAUGGGGGUGGGGAGUUUACUGCCACAUCUAGGGCAUCAAGGGUAGGGAAAUGUUAAUUUAUUUUUAUUUAUAUUCCUGUAGCUAUACCCUUCCCCUCACCCACAUAUGCUGUGUAUUGCUCUUGCAUUAGCCUGUAGACCACCUCAGCCCCUGCUUUCAAGACAUAACUAUCAUACAGGAGUUUCAGGCAAAAUAAAGAGAUCAAGUGA